AAAAACAGUGCUGCAAUCCUACCCCGACGACCAGUCGAAAGCCAUGAUGUUCCCUGUGACUGCUGGCCAAUUCGACCUCGUGUACAACGCCCUCUCGUUCACGCUUGCAUCGAUGAUGGCCUCCACCAUCUUCUUCUGGAUCCGCAUGGGCUCGGUGAGCGAGAAGUACAAGUCGGCCAUGACCAUCACGGGUCUGGUCACCUUCAUUGCCGCCUACCACUACAUCCGCAUCUUCAACUCGUGGAAUGAGUCCUACCAUUACCCAGAGGCUGCCGAUGGCGUCGUCCAGGACCCGGUGAUCACCGGCCAGCCGUUCAACGACGCGUACCGGUACAUGGACUGGAUGCUCACCGUGCCGCUCCUCAUGAUUGAGAUCAUCUUCGUCAUGGGGCUCUCACCCGAGGAAACCGCGGCGAAGGCGACCUCCCUCGGCGUUGCCGCCGGCCUCAUGAUUGUCCUCGGCUACCCCGGCGAGCUCAUCAUCGAGGGCGACCUCAACGUCCGCUGGAUGUGGUGGACCCUCGCGAUGAUCCCCUUCCUGUACGUUGUGCACACCCUCCUCAUCGGCCUGCAGGGUGCUAUCAAAGAGGAGAAAAACGAGGAGGUCGCCAAGAAGCUCAACAUGGUCUGCUGGGCGACCGUGGUCUCGUGGUGCACGUACCCGAUCGUGUACGUCUUCCCGAUGCUCGGCCUGGAUGGCCCCAGCGCGGUCGUCGCCAUCCAGCUCGGCUACUGCGUGUCCGACAUCAUCUCCAAGUGCGGCGUUGGCUUCCUCAUCUACAACAUCACGAUCGCCAAAUCAAACCCCGAGGGCUACGCCCAGGUGCAUUAAGGCUCUGCUCUAAGGCGUCCUCCCUCCCCUCGGGGCUUCGAGUCUCUUGUCGCGACGAAACGAAGCGUGUAUCGAUGAGUGCAAGAGGGGAUGUGAGGUGGCGAACAGGUCUGGGCGCGACAAGAGCCGCUCAGGAUCCUCGUGAAGCAGCCUGGGAGCAACGGGAAACUUGCGUCGUCCGUCGAAUGACUCGAUCUGGGCAUCGUCCCCAAGUCGAUUCGUCAAGCCGCAGCGGGUUCAGCUCGGGACAGAUGCGUGUUGGAAGGGCGUGGGUCGCUCAGAAGCGGCCCGCGGCCCGCGGCCCGACCGGUACCGCAACGAGCGGCAUGCCUUCGCUUGCGGUUUUACAUUUUAGCUUGACGCAAGGUCGCAACGCCAACGGCCAACGCAUUAGGCUCGGUAUAAGGAAUAAGCUAUGUUCGGCAUGCUUUAUAAGCAAGGGCCAAGGUUAUAUCAGGG